AUGAAAAAGUAUAAAGAAAUCCAUUAUCCAAUUAUAAACUAAAGACUUUUUGAAAAGUAUUGUCAAUCUCAAAAUUAUUAUUACACACGAGAUAUUAAUGAAAUUCUAAGUGAUGCUACUACAAAAGGGGUAAUCAGAUAUAAAGAUUGUAAUUGUUAUGAUGAAGAAGUAUAAUGAUAUCUCUAUUUAGGAUGAAUACUUAAAACGUAUAUAUAAGAAAAGUGAAUAUCCUUCCAAAAUUUAAUUGUUAGCUGAAUAUUACAAAGUAUAUUUACAAUAAUUAAAAUUAUAGUUUCAUAGUGAUAUUGCAAGAAUAUUUUAAGAACCUGUGGCUUCUAUGUUAAAUAAAUAUUAUGAUAAAAAGAGAAAAUAUGAGUAUUAUAGAAUAGCUAAACUUAUUGAAGAUGAGAAUAAGAAAAAUCCUCAUAAACCACCUAAAGGAAUUGUUGGAGAUAAACCAUCACCUUUAAAUUCAUAAGAAUCUAAUGAAAAUAAUCAAUAAGAAUAAAAUGAAUCAAAUCUAGACAAUAUUUAAAUAUUAAAAGAAUUAAGUUGGUUAAAUAAAUUAUAACAAGUAUUUUCUUAUUUUAUAUAAAUAGUAAAUAGAUAAACCAAUUAGGAUUAAACUUGAUGUAUCACAAACUUUAAAUGAAAUUUGUAAAUAAAUUGGUAAUUGCGAUGAAUAAUCUUCACUAUUUAUUCCAUAAAUUUCUAAAACAGAAGAUGUUAAAUUAGAAAACUUUCUCGCAUAUUUAAAUAAAAAAUAACUUAGUACAAAAAAAUAUAUUAAUUAACCAUCUGAUUAACUUAUCUAAUCACUAUUAUAAUUAUAAUAACCAAAAAACAAUAUUAAUAAUUAGAAAAAAAUUGAAAUCAAUCAUUUAUUAAAAACAUAAAAUAAUGAAUUAUCAAAUAAUAACAAAAAUUAUAAUUUUGUUAAAAAUUAAUUAGAUUAUCUAAAAAGAAAACAAGAAAAAAAUAAAGUAUCUAUUGAUGAAAUGGCUACUAAAAUUGAUAGUAGAUUAAGUGAAUCUUUAAAAUAAAAACCUAAAAAAUAAUUAAUAACAAAUAAAACUAAUCAUAAAAAUACAUCACCUACAGCUCAAAUUAAUCCAAAAAUUACAAUUGGAUCAUUUACAAAUAUUAAGACUUAACAAUCUUAAACUAAUUAAAAUAAAAAUUAUCUUGCUCAAUUAUUAAUUGAAGAGGAUUAAAUUGUUUUUGAUAGAAAAUGGAAAAAUGGAGCUUUAACUCAUCGCCCUAUAUCUGGAACUUAAAAUUUUUUUAAUUCAGAUAGAAAUAGCCCUUUUUUUAAGAAAAUGAAAUCAGAAAAUUUUAAAUUUUAAAAAGCAAAAACUCAACAUUAAUACAACAAUAAUUUAAAUACUAAUAACUUAAUGAAUAAUAAUCCAAAAUCAAGAAAAACUACUUCUUAAAAUAUUCAUAUAAGACAAACUUCAAAUUAAGAAAGAUUAAACACUUUUCAUAAUCAUGAUUUAAUUGAUUACAAGUAUAAGAACUCUAAAAUAAUGUUUUAAGAAUUAAAAUAAUUUUCAGGACAUAAAAAACAUUUAUCUGAUAGCAGAGGUUUAUAUUAAAAAGAAUAACAAAAUGAUAAUUUAAUAUGUUUGACUGAAAGAGGACCUAGUCUAGAAUUUCUAUUUAAAAACAAUCUUAACUAUCAAAGUUCUCCAAAAGCACAUAAUUUUAAAAAAAUGAAUAGUGGUACAAUAGUUCCAUCGAAACCCCCUAAUCCUUAUGAAAAAGGAACUUUAAUUUAGUAAAUGAUAAUAAAAGUAGCUAAGUAAAAUUAAUAACAAUAAAUUAAUAAUAAUAACAAGAUAUCAUAAAAACAUUCUUGA